UUAAGAAGCCUUGAAUGGGUCGGUGAAGAAAGAGUAGACCUUGAAAUCCGGAUGAGACCAGUUGUUUGUUUAUCUCUGGAUUCAAACUUCCAACUCCAAUUUGUGACAUUAGACUCCCAAGUCAAACCAUGCAGGCAGCAACCUUCUUCCCCCGAGCAAAAGCCACUCAAACCCACUUCCAUCCAUGAAUGCACCAUCUGCUAUCUAGGCCAACCUCUCUCCAUUUCUGGAUUAAGCCAUGGAGCUUAUCUCAGCCCAAUAUCCUUGCCUUUUCCUUCUCUUCUUCCUCUCCUGCCUUGCUCCUCUGCAAGCCAAAGCAGAGACAGAAGAAGCACAAGCUCUAUUGAGAUGGAAAUCUAGCUUGGUUCAGCCCGACUCUCUUAGCUCAUGGUCUCUCGCCAACUCCAGCAGCCCAUGUAGAUGGUUCGGCGUCCGCUGCGACUACAGCGGCCGAGUGCUGGAGCUAAGCUUGCCCAACUCCAAUCUCAACGGCUCGCUCGACGACUUCAACUUCUCUACCAUGUCCAACCUCGUCAGGCUCGAUCUCAGCAGUAACCUCCUCUAUGGAUCCAUCCCCUCGGCCAUCUCUGCCCUUUCCAAUCUCAGCUCAUUAAAUCUCAGCGGCAAUAGCUUUGAUGGAUCCAUCCCUCCCCAGAUCGGGCAGUUGUCGGAGCUUCUCGACCUUCGUCUCUACAACAACAACCUCGCCGGUGUGAUCCCGUACCAGCUUAGCCAUCUGCACAAGGCACGGUAUGUCGAUCUCCAGCUAAAUUACUUGGAAACACCAGACUACUCCAAGUUCGCUGUCAUGCCUGCGCUGACGUACCUUUCGCUGGCCGUCAAUAGCCUGACCGACGAAUUCCCUCCCUUCGUCCUGAACUGUACCAAGUUGGUUUACCUCGAUCUCACCUACAACAACCUCACAGGCCCCGUUCCUGUUUCCCUUGUAAGGCUUCGAAGGCUCCGAGACCUUCGCCUCGGAAUUAACAACCUAACCGGAGGUAUCCCGCCGAUCCUUGGAUCGAUGUCUGAACUCCGAACUCUCGAACUGUUCAACAAUUCUCUAGGCGGGCCAAUUCCUUCUUCUCUGGGCCAGCUUCGGUACCUCGAACGCCUCGAUAUGAAGUCGGCAGGACUGAAUUCCACCAUUCCUACUGAACUUGGAAACUGUACUCAUCUCAACUACAUUGAGUUGUCCUUCAACCAACUCACUGGCAGCUUACCGCAAUCCUUUGUGAGACUCACCAAGAUGAGGGAGUUUGGGAUCUCCAGCAAUUCUCUCUCCGGCGAGAUACCGCCUGAGUACUUCGGUAGUUGGCCUCAGCUUAUAUCCUUUCAGGUACAGAACAAUCUAAUAACUGGACGGAUUCCACCAGAGAUCGGAUUCGCCACAAACUUGAGUUACCUGUAUCUCUUCGGCAGCAACCUAUCUGGUCUCAUUCCACCUGAGAUCGGGAAUUUGGUCAACUUGGUGGAGUUGGAUCUGUCGGUGAACUCACUGACAGGUCCGAUUCCUCGGACGAUCGGCAACCUCAAACAGCUGACUGCCUUGUCUCUCUUCUACAACAGCCUCACCGGCAAGAUCCCACCGGAGAUAGGGAACAUGACGGCAUUGCAGAAGCUAGACAUUAACACGAACCAAUUGGAGGGGGAGCUGCCGAGCGCCAUCGGACAGCUUCCGAACCUCCAAUACAUAUCGGUCUUCGACAACAAGCUCAGGGGUCGUGUACCGAACGACCUCGGCCGGAAUGGGCUACUAUACUAUGUCAGCUUCGCGAACAAUACCUUCUCAGGGGAGUUGCCACCAGGAUUAUGCGACGGCUUCGGCCUUCGGGUGAUCACUGUCAACUACAACAACUUCUCUGGCGCACUGCCGGCCUGCUUGCGCAAUUGCACUGAGCUAGUUCGAGCCCGGUUUGAGCUGAACAACUUCAGCGGAGACAUCUCAGAAGCUUUCGGGGUGCAUCCUGAGCUUGUUUUCUUGGAUCUCAGUGGGAAUCAGUUGACCGGGACCCUCUCGCCGGACUGGGGGGAGUGCAAGAAUCUCACUCACUUUUACGUCACCGGAAACGACAUCUCCGGUGAGAUACCUGCAGCAAUCGGCAACAUGACCAACCUACGGGAGCUUGGCUUGGCCUCGAACUAUCUGAAAGGACAUAUCCCACCUGAAUUGGGGACCUCGAAGUUUCUAUAUAAGCUCGAUCUGAGCAACAAUCUGUUGUCGGGGUCAAUUCCUCCACAGCUGGGUGCCGUAUCUCUACUCGAAAAUCUUGAUCUGUCGGGGAAUCAGCUCACUGGUCGGAUCCCUGGUGAGCUGGGCAAUCUGAAGAAACUACUGCUGUUGAAUCUACGCAAGAAUGAUCUGUCUGGGGACAUACCAUAUCAGCUUGGCAAUUUGGACUCGCUUCAGAUCCUACUAGAUUUGAGCAGCAAUUCUCUCACCGGAAUGAUCCCUUCCAAUCUAGGGAAGCUGACAAAGCUGCUCAAGCUCAAUGUCUCCCACAACAAUCUCUCUGGGCCAAUCCCAGCAGCUUUGUCCAGUAUGUUCAGCCUAGAAUCUGUGGACUUCUCCUACAACAAUCUCACAGGGCCCAUUCCAACGGGGAACGCUUUCGAGAAAGCCUCUGCCGAGGCCUACGCCGGUAACCCAGGGAUCUGUGGUAAUGUGACAGGUUUACUUUCUUGCAGCUCUAAUUCUUCUGGCAACAUGAGUUCUCACAAGAAUCACAGGAAGCUCAUCAUUGCCAUUGUUGUACCAAUCGCCGGGGUUUUGGUGUUGGCAAUCAUUGUUCUUAUAGUCAUGAUAGCUUGCAGAAGGAAAGAGGAAGAUAAGUAUGAGACGGAGAGUAGUAGUAAUUGGGAGACCUCUGAGUCUUUGAUUUGGGAAAAGGAACGCAAGUUCACCUUCCUUGACAUAGUGAAUGCCACAGACAACUUCAACGAGGUCUUCUGCAUCGGGAAAGGUGGCUUCGGUAGCGUCUUCAAAGCCAAGCUGUCGACCGGCGAAGUAGUUGCCGUGAAGCGCAUGCAUGUCUCGGGUGCCGGCGACGUGUCAGAGAUAAACCGGAAGAGCUUCGAGAACGAGAUCAGAGCCCUGACGGAGGUGAGGCACCGGAACAUAGUGAAGCUGCACGGCUUCUGCAUGAGAAGCGGGUACAUGUACUUGGUGUACGAGUAUCUGGAGAGAGGCAGCCUUGGGAAAGUGCUGUAUGGGGAGGAAGGAGGAAGCAAGCUGGACUGGGCCAAGAGGGUGAAGGUGGUGCAGGGGGUGGCUCACGCCUUGGCCUACUUGCACCACGACCGGUCGCCGCCCAUCGUCCACCGAGACAUCUCGGUGAACAACAUCCUGCUUGAGUCCGAUUUCGAGCCUCGUGUGUCGGAUUUCGGCACUGCAAAGCUGCUGAAUCCUGGUUCUUCUAAUUGGACCUCCGUUGCCGGAUCCUACGGCUACAUGGCCCCAGAAUUGGCUUACACAAUGAGGGUCACAGAGAAGUGCGAUGCGUAUAGCUUUGGUGUAGUGGCACUAGAGGCCAUGAUGGGGAAGCAUCCAGGGGACCUCCUAUCCUCCCUGCAAGCCUUGUCGCCGCCGUCAGAGGGGGAGGAGGAAGGAAGUGAUCCGUUCUUGAAAGAUGUGUUGGACCAGAGGCUGCCUCCUCCGACAGGGCAAUUGGCGGAGGAGGUGGUGUUCGUGGUGAUGGUGGCGCUCGCCUGCGCACGGGCCGAUCCCGUCUCUCGACCUUCGAUGCGCUUUGUGGCACAGGAGAUAUCUGCUCGAACACAAGCGUAUCUCAGUGAGCCGUUCCGGACAAUCACGCUCAGUAAGCUCACCAGCUAUCAGAAAUGAACCAGUACUCACUGGUCAUUCGAGUUCCAACAAUAGAUGGGGAAAUGGAGGCAUCCAGGCUCUGAAAAUUAUGAGAACAGAGAGAGCUUGACAUGUUUGGAUCAUUUGAGGGCACUCCCAACACUUGGAAGCUGGUGUGGCUUAUAGAUCCCGUCAUCGGAGGAUCCAUAAACAGAGCAGACGUGUCUGUCUAACAUAUCGAGUCAGAGCUGUCCUUUAUAAUUUAGAUCAUGUUGUUCAGUAAGCAAUAGUUUUCUUAAAUAAACAAGUUUUGCGGAAA